UUUCAAUCUAACAUUGCAACAUGACCGCUGCAUCAAAGAAACCGCCAAGUGCACGUUGGAAAUCUUUCGAAGGAUGGGACUACAAUGGCAUGAAGCAACGACUAGAACAGUUCAUGGAAAGAGUCCAUAAAGCAGCCCUUCUGGAGCACGUUGAACGAGUUUCGGGAAAGACGGCAAAGAUGAGUGAGCCGUUCUCUGCUGGUCAAUAUUGGUGUUGCUUCGAGUUCAUUCUUGACGACCACAGUUUGGUCAUCGCUCGCGUGCGACUACCUCAACACCCAGACAGCAAUGAAAACACUACGGAGGACUCGGAGCUAUAUGCCAUCCAGUGUGAAGUCGCAACCAUGGAGUUCCUCCAGAACAAUGCCACAACUGUUCCCGCACCCAAGCUCUAUACCUACGAGCCGCCAGGAUCACGGCAAGCCCUUGCAGUUGGUGCAUGCUACAUGCUGAUUGAAGGUUUCUAUGGGAAUACAUUGCAAGACGUGGAAUUUGACAUCUGCGAUCUUCCCAUGCAUUCUCAAGAACAUAUAAUAGCUCAAUGGACGUCCAUCCAGGCCGAGCUAGCCACGUUCUCCUUCGCCGAGAUCGGUUCUAUCUCGCAAUUUUCCAAAGAGGGCAACGGCAUGGCGACAGUCGGUCCUCUAGCUGCUGCCGUAGCAGAGCGAUUCCCAUCCGGAGGCCCUUUCACAACAUCUCAGCAGUAUUUCGCGGCUGUGGGCGAGGCUAGAUACACAUCCGCUCGCAAGGAUGCCUCCGAGUUCGAGGAACCCGACGAAUCUGAUAGAUUCUCGGUCCUUGGCGCCUUCGUCUUCUGCGACAUCGUGUCUAGUACUGGACUGUUCACUGACAAGGAGCCAUCUUUCCAUCUGAACCAUAUGGAUAUGGGAACUCAGAACAUUCUCGUGGAUGAUGACUUCAACUUCUUAGCAAUCAUUGAUUGGGAGUUUGCUCAGACGGCACCUGUGCAAGUCAAUCAUUUUCCAAUGCCCUUUCCUCUCAUUUCGUCUUCCGCGAGCAUACAAGAGAUACUCCAGGACCCCGAGCACCUAGCUUUCCGCAAUGUUUCACGGCAGACUGCCGCGCAGAAGCUAUACCAGCAAAAGUUUCAGGAUGCAGAACGGAACUUAGAACGGAAAGGGAGGCCAGUGCGUCCCUCCAUUGCAGACGGACUACAGAAGCCUGCUUCAAGAAUAUAUGCAAUCUUGGAGAAGCUUGGGGGAUUCUGGGGAACUUCUGAGGAGCUUACAUAUGAGAUGGUGCGGCUCGCUUUUGGAUUUCAAGGUGACGAGGCGAAGGCAUAUCUUGAGGCGAUGGAGAUGAAGAUGAAUGGGAAGAAGGAUUAGUGUUAAUUGUUGGUGGUAGCGGAAGAGCUUAAGAUACUAAAGGAUCGUGAGUACUGGAGACGGGCUAGUGCGAUCCAAGAAAUUGCGGUUGCCCGCUCCGUCGACAUAC